CCCACGCUCAUAAGUAGAUUGGGCGUCAUAUUGUUCUCCUGGAACACCACCACAUCCCUCAACUCAAGCAUCCCUCUUCGUUCGGAAAAAGCCAAAAGCCAAAAGCCAAAAGCCAAAGGCCUAACUAGAGCCGAACGAGUUUCCGACAUGACACGCCUGGGAGAACACUUGAGAAGAAUAAUGCCGCAUUCCGGAAAUGACACUACCCUGUCGAAGAAAAGGAAGAAACUCUUGUUCAUAACUCUUCUGGCAGCAAUCCUGUUGGUUGCAGCAGUAAUUGGAGCAGUGACUGGAGUCAAUUCACGCAAGAACAAUUCCAAGCAAGAAAGUCUCCGAGUCUCCAGCGCAGCCCAUGCAAUCGUCAAGUCUUCCUGCAGCAACACACUAUACCCUGAUUUAUGCUUCUCUACGCUGGCCAACCUUCCCCAAGCAGUGAGCCAAAAAAUCACCAGCCAAAAGGACGUGAUAGAAUUAGUGCUGAACCACACCACCACCACUGUCGAGCACAAUUACUUUGCUGUCGAGCACCUCAUUGCCACGCACCACAAUCUAACGGAACGCGAGAAGACUGCGUUGCAUGACUGCCUGGAGACCAUAGACGAAACUCUGGACGAGCUCCACCAAACCGUCAAGGACCUCGAACUAUACCCCAGCAAGAAAUCCCUUAAACAACACGCCGACGACCUCAAAACCCUAAUGAGCGCUGCCAUGACUAACCAAGAAACAUGCCUCGACGGGUUCUCUCACGACGACGCCGAUAAGCAUGUGCGCCAAGAGUUGUCGAACGGUGAAGUGCACGUAGAAAAGCUGUGUAGUAAUGCUCUAGCCAUGAUCAAGAACAUGACCGAUACGGACAUGGAAAGGGAAAGUGAGGCCGGCGGGCGGAAGCUGGAGGAGGAGGAGGAGGAGACAAAUGGGUGGCCAAAUUGGCUGUCUGCAGGGGACAGGAGGUUGCUGCAGUCUUCAACCGUGACAGCUGACGUGGUUGUGGCGGCUGAUGGCAGCGGGGAUUUUAAAACAGUAUCGGCGGCGGUGGAGGCGGCACCGGAGAAGAGCAGCAGGAGAUAUGUAAUCAGAAUAAAAGCAGGGGUUUACAGAGAAAAUGUGGAGGUGCCGAAAAAGAAGACAAACAUAAUGUUCUUGGGGGAUGGUAGAACCAAAACAAUCAUCACCGCAAGCAGGAAUGUGGUUGAUGGCAGCACCACCUUCCAUUCCGCCACAGUUGCGGCGGUUGGCGAAAGAUUCUUAGCGAGGGACCUAACCUUCCAGAACACGGCGGGUUCAUCCAAGCACCAGGCCGUGGCCCUUCGGGUGGGCUCCGAUUUGUCCGCAUUCUACCAGUGCGAUAUCCUGGCCUACCAAGACACCCUCUACGCCCACUCCAAUCGCCAGUUCUACAUCAACUGCUUGAUCGCCGGAACCGUCGAUUUCAUCUUCGGCAACGGCGCCGCCGUCUUCCAAGACUGUGACAUCCACGCGCGGCUACCGGGUUCGGGGCAGAAGAACAUGGUGACGGCCCAGGGCAGGAUCGACCCCAACCAGAACACCGGCAUUGUGAUUCAGAAGUGCAGGAUUGGGGCCACGUCCGACUUGAGACCGGUCCAGCAGCAAUUCCCCACGUUCCUGGGACGGCCGUGGAAGGACUAUUCCAGGACGGUGGUGAUGCAGUCGACGAUUACGGACGUGAUCGACCCUGCAGGUUGGCACGAAUGGAACGGGAAUUUUGCGCUGAAUACCCUGUUCUACGCGGAGUAUCAGAAUACUGGGGCAGGAGCGGGGACCUCUGGAAGGGUGAAGUGGAAGGGGUACAAGGUGAUCACGAGCGCAGCGGAGGCCCAGGCUUUCACUCCCGGAAGGUUCAUCGACGGCAACAGUUGGCUGGGCGCCACUGGCUUCCCGUUCGCCCUUGGCUUAUGAAAAUCGUGAGAUCAACUUUCCAAUUCACCCAACAUUUCCAAUCUCAAUCGAUUAAAUUAGUACAAUUAAUUAAUUAAUGUGCAGCUGCCGUUUCAGUUUUCUACUGUUCUUUUCUUGCGGCGGAGCACUACACCAGCUAGUAGCUGCUCAUGGUGGAUUUGAUUGAAUAAUGUUUCAUAAAACUAAACUGAUCUGGAGCCGGCAUCGAUCGGACUCGUUUUAAGGUUUGUUAAUAAAUAUUACGUACACCCGAAGUAUUCAUUUGUGCAUCUCACUAUUUUUCU